AUGGGCAGAGCUCCUACCCAAAGGGAACCCAUUCAGUCGAUCCACGCUUGUAGUGAGGACAUUGAAGUCACAGAGAGCUCUGCAUACCGUGGUAGUGUAAUCCAUAUUUCUGGUCUGUUAAACCAAGAAGUCAGUAGAUGGAUUGGUCUGGCAGCAGGAGCCUUGAACUCGAUCGACAAGAGCAUUUGGAGAUGUCAAGGAGAGAACAUGAUGGUCAUCAAGGUCCUAGUAGCAGCUCUCCUCUGCAUUUCCCAAGUCGCGGCGACGUGUCCCGAGAGCGAGCAGAUCCAAUGCGGAACGAGCGAUCGCUGCACGAGGAUCCGCUACAUCUGCGACGGAGACAACGACUGCGGCGACAAUUCCGACGAGGAGAGCGGCAUCUGCGGGGUUUGGCGCAAUGAGCACUGCGAGCGAGGCUCCGUCAGGUGUCGCAGGAUGGGAGACACCAACUGCGUCACCAUCAGCCGCUACUGCGAGCUCUCCGACCCGCCAUGUGAGGGGGACCUGGACAUGCGUCUGUGCCAGAUGUUGGGGGAAGAAAAACUUCAGCCUCUUGAAGAGAUCUUCCUGCUGUCAGAACAAGCUGUUGUGAGACAAUCAAGCGUGGAAGAGGUCGAGGCUUUUGGAGAGGAAUUCCUUGAAAAGGUCAACGCUACCAUCAGCCACCCCGACUGCCCUCAGUUCUACACCCGCGUCGGCGACCGGUGCCUGUCCAUCUUCUUCUUUGGAAAGCUCAGCUGGGGAGAAGCUCGCUCCUUCUGCAAGACGAUUGGCGGCGACCUUCUGACCCUCUACGACGGCGCCGAGAGGUUCCACGAGCUCGUCCACCUCCUUCGCGAGCACCAUAUUGAAUCAGAUUUCUGGGUGGGCGGAAAUUUGAAGAAUGAGACGGAAGGCUGGACAUGGAUCGAUGGCGCCCCCAUGGAAAUGGGCACACCUUUCUGGAGCCUCAGGUCUACCACCGACUGCCAGACUCGGACUUUCUCACUGGGAAACAACACAACGCGCGUGGCCAACGAGGGGACCUGCUACCACUACGAGCAGGCGCCCCACACUCCCGCCGAAGGCCACUGCGCCGCCCUCAACUUCGAGAACUUCUUCUACAUGAGCGACGAGAAGUGCCUGGAGCUGAAGAGUCCUCUGUGCGUGUACCCGAAGAAGAUUUAG